AUGUUAGUGAUGCUCCAGGAUCUCAGAGAUUCCAACAGCUCAAAGUUUCAAGUCUCUGAGUUUAUCUUGAUGGGGUUCCCAGGCAUUCACAGCUGGCAACACUGGCUCUCCCUGCCCCUGGCUCUGCUCUACCUUUUAGCUCUCAGCGCCAACAUCCUUAUCCUGAUCAUCAUCUAUCAGGAGGCAACACUGCACCAGCCUAUGUACCAUUUCCUAGGCAUCCUAGCUGUGGUAGACAUGGGCCUCACUACAACCAUCAUGCCCAAGAUACUAGCCAUCUUAUGGUUCAGUGCUAAGGCCAUCAGUCUCCCUGAGUGCUUUGUGCAGAUGUAUGUCAUACAUUGUUUUGUGGGCAUGGAGUCAGGCAUCUUUGUCUGCAUGGCUAUAGAUAGAUAUGUAGCCAUUUGUCGACCACUACAUUAUCCAUCAAUAAUCACUGAAUCUUUUGUGGUCAAAUCAACUGUGUUCAUGGCACUCAGAAACAGCUUGUCUACCACCCUGGUGCCUGUGCUGGCUGCUCAGAGACACUACUGCUCCCAGAACCAAAUUGAGCACUGUCUGUGCUCUAAUCUUGGAGUCACUAGCCUAUCCUGUGAUGAUCGGACAAUUAACAGCAUCUACCAGCUAGUUCUGGCCUGGACACUCAUGGGAAGUGACUUGGGUGUCAUCGUUUUAUCAUAUGCUUUGAUACUUCACUCUGUGCUGAAGCUGAACUCAGCAGAAGCUGCAUCAAAAGCUCUAAGUACCUGCACUUCCCACCUCAUCCUAAUCCUUUUCUUCUACACAGUCAUCAUUGUCAUUUCCAUCACCCACGCUGCAGCAAUGACUGUUCCACUUGUUCCAGUUCUACUCAAUGUACUGCAUAAUGUCAUUCCUCCUGCUCUCAACCCCAUGGUCUAUGCCCUCAAGAACAAGGAGCUCAGACAGGGCUUCUAUAAGGUUCUUAAGCUAAAUAUCAAGGACAACAAUGCAUAG